CAACAUGAGACGUCAGAAUAUCACAGUUAUGUUUAAACGGAAUUGUUUUCACAACAGUGCAUCGUAUCAACUUCACCUUGUCAACACAUUGUUUCAAAAACUCACAAUUUAGUUUUCUAAUAGCAGUCCGUUCAGUGACCGCAUGAGCAGGCAUACAUCUCUCUUCUGAGAUAUUUGUAAUUUAAUAGUAUAACAAAGUAAACCUGUAUUGUCUAAAUGGACGAAUCAGUCGCUGGAAGGGACGUGGAUAUGUUUUCUGGGCUCAUGGAAGACCUCUACAGUGGGGCCUUGCUGCAUGUUAUGGUUGAAGACUUCAAAAAUUUGGUGACUUGGACUCAUUCUCACUCCACCAUAUGUCCACACAUCCCUUUUCCAGAGGAAGGAUACAGGUUGGAGGAGGUGAAUACUGUUGUGCUUCCAUGGAACUGUUCUGCUGGCCAUGCGUACAACUGGCCCAUGAUGUCACUCUCAGACAAGGUUAGGGAGGCAAAGAAGGUCCUGAGUGAGACGAAGAAGAGGAAGAGAGUCUCUCUUCAAGCAGAAGAGGAGUUAGAGUUUACAGAGGAGCCAGCGGACCUUAGUGUUGCUCAGGAGGAAGGUCCAGCUGAAUUGGACAGCAGCCGAAGCAGCCUUGUCACUCACGUGUCAGGGGAACAUGGGUUUGAUGUCAGCAGUGAGCAGAGAGAGGUCCCAACCCCAGACUUGCCCAAAGCGAAAACUCCAAAGAAGAAGAAACCUCUGUGUGUCAGCACUGGGGCGCCCCAAGAGCAGGCCUCAUCCUCCGCCAUGUCCUCAGCCUCCGCCAUGUCCGCCGCAGAGAACAGCGGUUCCCCCAGUCUGCCCCAGAUCCUCAGACUGGCCCAAACUGCCCUCCAUCAUAUUGAGCUCUUUAAAGAUGAUUUCGCCGCCAGCGGGUCUGUCCUCGACGACUCCCUGAACAGCAUGCACCUGGAGGACCUUGGCUCGGACACGGACAGCGCCAAAGAGGACGAGCUCAUGAACAGAUCUCAGAGCGGUGGUGGGGACGCUGCCUCCACCACGCCAUCGUGUAGCCAGCGGAGGGCACAGUCUGAGGGGCAGACGCCAUCGUGUAGCCAGCGGAGGGCACAGUCUGAGGGGCAGCUCUCCCCAGGCACCCCCGAGCCCCCUCCCGCCGAGUCCCCCCUCGCCGGGCCCUCCACCGCCCCCUGCUCCGCUGGGCCCAAGAGCGGCAAGAAGGCAGCAGCGACCAGAAGAAAAUCCAGGGUAAUCCUGGGAAGCAUGUGCAGCCUGAUGUCCUUCCCGUCGUGGCGCACGUCGACGCAUCCGGACGACUCGCGCUUGCUGGGCAGACUGGCGCUAGUGGAGCUGGACGUCCUGCUGGGGUCCUAUCUGCGCUACCUGUGGGAGGGAGGCAACCGGCAUCUCACACACGCCUUGAUGGUCCUCCAGGCACGCUGCAUUGACCGACACCUCAAGGCGCAGGGUUGCUUCCUCAGCAUGCGGCGGUCUCCUGAGCUGCCCGUGACGCAUCAGCUGUUCGAGGAGUACUGCCAGGCGCUACGUGAGCGCGAGACGGACCGGCACGGGGCGGUCAUUUGCAGCGUGACCGAGACAGAGGAGGAGGAGCUGAGGCGUCUGGGCGUGCUCGGCCGCGGCUCACCUGAGGCCCUGCUGCACCUGGUGCUCUACAACAACAUCCGCACCUUCGGCCCCGUGCACCUGUACCGCAUGUGGCCCGUGCCCGCGGGGAAGUUCCGCUUCAUGCGCGUGGCGCCCGCGGAGGUCGGCGCCCGGCCCGUGCUGGACUGCCUGGAGUGGGUGGACCCGGCCGACCCCGAGCAGCUGCCGCUGCGCAUGCUGGCCUCGCCCGACGACCCUCUGCGCUGCCCCCUGGAGGACUUCCGCCUGUACGCCACCAAGCACACCAGCGGCUUCCUCAGCCAUCACGACACCGUGUACUCCAACACGCGCAGCGGAGUGGACCUGCAGAGCAGCGAGUGGUACAUCCGCACGCCCAUGAGCAAGCUCCGCAUGGACAAGGUCCUCAGCGGGCUGGUCCAGAGGAUCGAGACCGUGCGCGCCAUGCGAGGAGCCAUGGCAACCGUCUCUAACUGCGGUCUGGGCCAACCGUUUUAGUGUGUCAUUAUGUUGGACGCAGUGGAAUAGGAUACCUUAUGAUAUUAUGACAAUAAUACAUAUAGUUAUAUAAUACAAGAAAAAAGAAGCAUAUGCCAAGGGAUUGUUUAGGAAUUACAUAAUAUGUUUAUAAUUAAAGAUGAGUUAAACUGC